AUGGUUAAUAAAGUUACAAUACAUAAUAAAAAAAAUAAUUCUAUUAAUGAAAAAGAAUUAUUAACUAGAUCAAUACAUGAUAUUGUUAAUCAUCUUGUUCAAGCACAUAAAAAUAACAAAGAUGUUAAUCUAAAUCGUUUAAAAUGUGACGUUUCACGUAAAUAUUCAUUAAAAAGUCAACCAAAACUUGUGGAUAUUAUUGCAGCUGUACCACCUGAAUAUAGAAAUACUUUAGUUCCUAAACUUAAAGCAAAACCAAUUAGAACAGCUUCAGGUAUAGCUGUUGUUGCUGUUAUGUGUAAACCCCAUAGAUGUCCACAUAUUAAUUUUACUGGUAAUAUUUGUGUAUAUUGUCCUGGAGGUCCAGAUUCUGAUUUUGAAUAUUCAACUCAAAGUUAUACUGGAUAUGAACCAACUUCAAUGAGAGCAAUUAGGGCUCGUUAUAAUCCUUUUUUACAAACAAGAAAUCGUCUAACACAAUUAUCUCAGUUAGGUCAUUCAGUUGAUAAAGUAGAAUUUAUUGUUAUGGGAGGAACAUUUAUGUCAUUACCAGAAGAUUAUAGAGAUUAUUUUAUUAGAAAUCUUCAUGAUGCUUUAUCUGGUCAUACAAGUUCAAAUGUUGAAGAAGCUGUUUAUUUUAGUGAAAGAAAUAAAAUAAAAUGUAUUGGAAUAACAAUAGAAACAAGACCAGAUUAUUGUUUACCUAGACAUCUAAAUGAUAUGCUUUCUUAUGGAUGUACAAGAUUAGAGAUUGGUGUUCAAUCUACAUAUGAAGAUGUUGCUAGAGAUACUAACCGAGGACAUACUGUUGAGUCAGUUUGUGAAACAUUUCAUAUGUCAAAAGAUACAGGAUAUAAAGUUGUUAUACAUAUGAUGCCAGAUUUACCAAAUGUUGGAUAUGAAAGAGAUGUGGAACAAUUUAUUGAAUUAUUUGAAAAUCCAGCUUUUCGUCCUGAUGGUUUAAAAUUAUAUCCAACAUUAGUAAUUCGUGGUACUGGUUUAUAUGAAUUAUGGAGGACUGGAAGAUAUCAAAGUUAUCCACCUCAAAUGUUAGUUGAUUUAGUAGCACAUAUCUUAUCAUUAGUUCCUCCAUGGACUCGUGUAUAUCGUGUUCAACGUGACAUUCCAAUGCCUUUAGUUUCUAGUGGUGUAGAGUAUGGAAAUCUUCGUGAACAUGCAUUAGCAAGAAUGAAACAAUUAGGUACUGUAUGUAGGGAUGUUAGGACAAGGGAGGUUGGUAUUCAAGAAAUUCAUAGUAAAGUCAAGCCUUAUCAAAUUGAGCUUAUUAGGCGUGACUACUUUGCUAAUGGUGGAUGGGAAACAUUUAUUUCAUAUGAAGAUGUUGAACAAGAUAUAUUAAUUGGCUUAUUAAGGCUCAGGAAAUGUUCAAAUAAAGUUCAUAGGAAAGAGUUAAUGGAUGAGUGCUCUGUUGUUAGAGAAUUACAUGUUUACGGAAGUGUUGUUCCUGUUGCUUCUAAAGAUCCAACUAAAUUUCAACAUCAAGGUUUUGGUACAUUAUUAAUGGAGGAAGCAGAAAGAAUAGCAAGAGAUGAGCAUCAUUCAAAAAAAUUAGCCGUUAUAUCAGGUGUAGGUACAAGAAAUUAUUAUAGAAAAUUAGGUUAUGAACUUGAUGGUCCAUAUAUGAGUAAAACUCUUGUAUCAUAA